GCCUGGGUUCGGUGGAACCCCGAGCGCUUCUUCCAAACAACCCGAGACCUGAAUAAUUGAUCUCCGGCGAGAUAUAUACGGUGGUAGAACAGAGAUUAUUCAUCAGCUAUGGAGACUGAGAAUCCGGCGAAUUACGCUUAUAUGGGGAGGAGCUUGGGGGAGUUGAGUGUCAAUGAUCAUUCUUUUGCAUUUAGUGAUUGUAACAGCGAUAGAUCCGACGAGUUCACGAUGGCGGCGUCGUCGUCGUCUCAGAGCCGGCGGUUUCUUCUCGCGUCUGCUUCGGAAAAUUUCGACGAUCUGAUUCGGCAACUUGUUUUGGAUCUUGAAUCCUGUUCGGUUGACGAGCAAAAGCAAGCGGCUAUGGAGCUCCGACUUUUGGCCGAGAAUAAACCAGAGAAUCGAAUCAAGAUCGCUAAAUCAGGCGCAAUUAAGCCUUUGAUUGGGCUAAUCUCGUCCUUCGAUCCUCAGCUUCAAGAGAAUGGUGUCACGGCGAUUUUGAAUCUCUCUCUUUGCGACGAGAACAAAAAACUGAUUGCCUCUGCGAUUUUGUUUUUGUCACGGCGAGAAUGGUGUUACGGCGAUUUUUUUUUUGUUAUUUAUUUUCUUAAAAAAUAUAAAUAUUAAUUAAAAUUAAUGAAAUAUAAAUAAAAUCAUUAAAGUUAA